AUGUGGAACAUUCUUCUUUCAGUUGCCCUACUGGCGACCCUCGCCUGGCUGUUCCUCCAGAUCGCCCAACUCUGGUACAACGUCCUUCUCCAUCCCCUCCGCAGUUAUCCAGGUCCCCUUGCAGCCCAGGCAUCAGGGUGGUACAAGACUUAUGUCGAGCUAUUCCUACAGAGAAGCUGGACUGAUGUCCUGGUUGAGCUGCAUCAACGCUAUGGCAAGUCAACGACACCUGCGAGAUGGAUGGCACUAACAUGGCACCAAGGAGACGUGAUUCGUGUUGCCCCAAACGAGCUCCAUUUCUCUAACCCCCAAGCGUACCACGAUGUCUACAACAAUGUGAACCGCUGGGACAAGGACAAGGGAUUGUACGAAUGCUUUGGCGAGGAUCACUCCUCGUUUGGCUUCCUCCAAUAUCACGAGGCCAAGCAGCGCAAGGAUGUCUUGCAGCCGCUCUUCUCCAGACGAAAUAUUCUCCAGAUGCAGUCCCUUGUCCGGAAGAAUAUGGACCAUCUCGUGCAGAGACUCUCUGAGGACUUCGCGGCAGGAAAGUCGUCGGACUUGUUCUUCGCCUUCCGAUGCUUUACCAUGGACACCAUUACUAGUUUCUGCUUCGCCAAAUCUGUCAACGCCAUCGAUGUUCCUGGCUACAAUGCCCCUAUCAUUGAAGCGAUGGAAGCAUCCGGGCCGGCUUUUAUCCAAUUCAAGCAUCUGCCUUGGUUCCGCAAAUUCGUCUUUUCUCUCCCGCCCAAUAUCGCCAUAAAAGCCUCACCCGAGACAGCAGGCUUGACGCGUCUUCAAGUCAUCUUACGAACCCAAGUCGACGAAGUUACCGCGAAUCCAGGCAUACUCAAAGAAGCCCCGCACCCUAUCAUUUAUCAUCGACUCCUCGAUCCUGAAGCGCACAAAGGUCAAACGAUCCCGAACAAGCAAUCUCUGUAUGAAGAGGCCCAAGCUUUAAUGUUCGGAGGCGGUGACACCGUCGGAAAUACUUUGAUGGUCGGCUUCAAUCACAUUUUGCAGGCAUCAAAUCAUGACCUCUACCAAUCUCUCCGCGACGAGGUCCGUUCCGUCUGGCCGGAUCUGGCGACUCCUCCGAGCUCUUUUGAGACAUUCGAGUCUCUCCCGUUACUCACCGCGACCAUCAAAGAGUCUCUGCGUGUGGCGCCAGGCGUGGUGUCUCCUCUCCUUCGCGUCGUCCCAGCCAAAGGUGCAACCAUCGCCUCGCAUCGCAUCCCCCCGGGCACUGUCGUCGGUAUCUCAGGCAUCUUUGUCCACUCUUCCGCGACCAUAUUCGACAAUCCAACCGCAUUCAUGCCCCAAAGAUGGCUCCGUAGCAGCACCUCCGCGGGCAGAGACCUCGAGUCCAAUCUCGUCGCCUUCAGCCGGGGCCCGAGGUCGUGCCUGGGCAUCAACCUCGCGUGGUGCGAGCUGUACGUCGCCUUUGCCACCAUGUUGCGGCGCUUCGAGCGCUUGGAGAUCGACGGGGACUGCCCGCCCGCGGACUUGCGCUUUCGCGACUCCUUCUUGCCGAACUUUUACGGGGAGAAUCAUCUCAAAGUGCGGUGCAAGCCGGCGGUUGAGUAG